GGGGCGGAUGCGCAUGGUGGGCGGGGCCCGAUCUUGCCCCGCCCACGGUGUCUGGCUCCAGGGUUUUGCGGAAAGCUUAGCGAACGGCCCAGCCUGAGGCAAGGAUGGUGGUCUCUGCGCUCCGACUGUGGCGUGCCCGCGGGCUGCUAAGAAGAAACUUCCCGACUUGCUUGUCUUCUUGGAAAAUGCCUCCUCGUGCCCUGAAAUCCUCGCAGCCAGGAGCUCUACUCAGUAUAACAAACAACACACUACCCUUUGCACCUCUACAGACAUUUACUGAUGAAGAAAUAAUGAUGAAGAAAGCAGUCAAAAAAUUUGCACAGGAACAAAUUGCUCCUUUGGUUUCAACUAUGGAUGAAAAUUCAAAAAUGGAGAAAUCAGUGAUACAAGGAUUAUUUCAACAAGGGCUGAUGGGCAUUGAUACUGAUCCAAAAUAUGGAGGAACAGGAGCUUCCUUUUUCUGCUCUGUCCUGGUGAUUGAGGAACUAGCCAUGGUGGAUGCCUCUGUGGCUCUCCUGUGCGACAUCCAGAACACGAUAGUUAACAACCUGUUUCGAAAACAUGGUACAGAAGAACAGAAGGCCACCUAUUUGCCUAAGCUGGCUACAGAAAAAUUAGGGAGUUUCUGCCUUUCUGAAUCUGGAGCUGGGAGUGACUCUUUUGCUUUGAAAACAAGAGCUGAUAAAAAUGGAAAUUACUACAUCAUUAAUGGGUCGAAGAUGUGGAUCAGCAAUGCCGAACAUGCAGAGCUCUUCCUGGUUUUUGCAAAUGUAGACCCCUCCUCGGGAUACAAAGGCAUCACCUGCUUCUUGGUAGACCGAGAUACAGAAGGUUUUCAUAUAGGAAAAACAGAGAAGAAAAUGGGGAUCAGAGCUUCUUCCACUUGCCAGCUUACAUUUGAAAAUGUGAAGGUCCCAGAAACCAGUAUUUUGGGAGAGGUUGGCCAUGGCUAUAAGUACGCCAUAGGAAGUCUUAAUGAAGGCAGAAUAGGCAUUGCUGCACAGAUGCUAGGACUGGCCCAAGGAUGUUUUGACUACACUAUUCCAUACACUAAAGAAAGGACGCAGUUUGGCAAACGGCUAUUUGAUUUUCAGGGACUCCAACACCAAGUGGCCCAGGUGGCCACCCAGCUGGAAGCUGCACGGUUACUGACGUACAAUGCUGCUAGGCUUGUAGAAGCCGGAAGGCCAUUCAUAAAAGAAGCAUCUAUGGCCAAAUAUUAUGCAUCAGAGGUUGCUGGGCUAACAACAAGUAAGUGCAUCGAGUGGAUGGGAGGAGUAGGCUACACCAAAGAUUACCCUGUGGAAAAAUUCUUCCGAGAUGCAAAGAUCGGUACAAUAUAUGAAGGAGCAUCCAACAUCCAGCUGAACACCAUUGCAAAGCGCAUUGACGCGGAGUACUGAUGCCUGUUGGAUUGGGCCCUCCCUGGUAUCGCUGCCAUACCAUGACCAGCCGUUAUGCCUUACAGAGCAGAGCCUGCAGAACAUUGCAGCAUUUCAUUUGAAGGCACUUGUCCUUGUCCUCGGGCCUCGCUUUUAUCUCUUUCUCUUUCCAGUCCACUCUAAAACUAUUCUGAAGCUGCUGUACACAUUUAUAUUUCUCAUCCCAGUUUCAGAGUAUACAGGAGUUUCACUGUACCAGCAUUUGAGAAGAUGAAAACAUUUGAAGUAUUGGUAUUGCUGACAGAAAUGGUCACUUUAUAUGCCUACUAAAUCUUUGUACUGUGGUAUGAGCCAGAGGAAUGUUUGUUACAGUUGGCAAUUUUUACUUCAAUGCUUUAUAGAUUCAGUGUUAAGUUGCUAAACAAGGUAGAAACCGGUAAAAUUUAUUUGGAAACAUUUAGAACUCCUAGUUCUAAGUAUCAAAGAAAUAAUAGAAAAUAAAGAUAUAACUUGUAGGCCACAUAAUUGACAACAACAAAUGACACAAAAUGUUAUUUUAACUAACAAAAUCUGUAUGUUAGACUCCUAUAUGAAAGAUAUAUUGCAUGAUGGCUUUUCAGCAGGGCAUUUUAAAAAACGUGUUCCUGUAUUAGUUUUCAACUAUAAAGUUUAAAUAAUUUAGCCUAAUCAUCAGAAAAUAAUUCAUUGGAUCGUGCACUAUUUUUCAGUAGUAUGAUUUAUUUCUAUAUUUUAAUUGAGUAUUUUUUCUGUCAAACUUGGUUAUUGGACUUUAUCCUAAAUAAUAAUUAAUUGAGAAAUUCAAUUUUGGUUUUCAAAAUUGAUUCUCAAGAGAAAUAUCUUACCCCUAUAAGGAAAUAAUAUGGCACUCUCAUGCGGAACAGGGAAUGAAGAGAGUGGAUAGUCUGAAAAGGCACAUUCAGUAUAAAUACAAGUAGUCAUUUGUAUA